AUGACUAGGAAGAAGGUGAAACUUGCCUAUAUCUCUGAUGACACGGCAAGAAAAGCAACCUUCAAGAAAAGGAAGAAGGGUAUCAUAAAAAAGGCGAGUGAACUCACCAUUCUUUGUGGGAUUCCUGCAUGUGCUAUAAUUUCAAAUCCUUUUGAUACUCAAGCUGAAGUUUGGCCAAACCCAGAAGUAGCCAAGCAAUUGAUUGACAGGUAUCAGAAUGCAUCUGUGAUAGAUGAGAGCAAGAAUGUAAACCAAGAGAGCUUUAUCAUGCAGAGAAUUGCCAAAGCUAAGGACCAUCUAAAAAAGCUGCGUAAGGAGAACCGUGAGAAGGAGUUGACCAUAAAAAUGUUCAAAUAUACGAAGGAACAAAACUUUCCAGACAACGUAACUGUUGAAGAAGUGAAAGAAAUCAAUGAGUUGGUCGUGAAAAAACAGAACGAGAUUGAAAAAACAGAACGAGAUUGA